GAGUUGCUCUAGACAGUUCUUAAUGACUGAUAUUGAUAUAUGGUAAUUCCUUAACCGGAUCACAUGACACAAUUACCUCGAGAAUCGAUAAAGAUGAAUUGCACGUCAGCCUACGUUUCCGAUUUUUUCUCCCUCGCGGGUCCUUUCCACGCGCCUAUGGUGCAAUAGAUAGACAAAGUUUAACACACUCAAGCUGCCAAUUCUAUUUCGCUAUAGCAAAAGGGUGAAGGGGAGAGAUGGCGGAGUACGAUGAGCGUGGCAACUGUGCGUCAAAUAUGUAUUUACCGAGUUGUACAUAUUACGUUUCGGCGCCUGAUUUUUCUUCAGUCUCCUCGUUUUUACCCCAGACUACUUCGUGUCAAAUCAAUUUUCCUUAUUCUUCCAACAUAGCUCAAGUCCAACCUGUUCGAGAAGUGUCUUUCAGAGACUAUGGACUGGAUCACUCAAACAAAUGGCAUUACAGGGGCAAUUACGCUUCUUACUACUCAACGGACGAGAUAAUGCACCGAGACAUAAUCCAGUCGUCGAACAGGGCGGAAAUGAUAUUCAAAAAUGAUUCCUUGUACGGCCAUCACGGCGGUACGAGCUCGCCAUGCAAUUUCUUCACAAAUGUCGGCCGAAAUGGGGUUCUUCCACAAGGGUUCGAUCAGUUCUUAGAGACUGUUAACUCUGAGAAGCCCAACCCUGACGACUCAAAACAAAAGACACACUCCAGUCUCCCCGGAGAUGCUGCGUGUAAUAAACAGACUUCAGAUAGGCCUACAUCUGAGGAGUCUAUACGAGACCCAACUGAGGACAUAGACGAAGAUGAUUAUUCGAUAUCAAACUGCGCUGGGGACAAGAACAACGGCCCAAGUUCUUCAAAGUCCAGAAAAAAGAGAUGCCCCUACUCCAAAUACCAGAUCCGAGAACUUGAACGAGAAUUCUUUUUCAAUGUGUACAUAAACAAGGAGAAGCGGCUCCAGUUGUCAAGGAUGUUAAACCUGACAGAUCGACAGGUGAAGAUUUGGUUCCAGAACAGAAGAAUGAAAGAGAAAAAGCUCAACCGGGACCGGCUUCAGUAUUUCACUGGGAAUCCCUUAUUCUGAACUCUACGCAUUUGGAGUCAAUAGUUGCUAAAUGCUUCACAACAGAUCGAAUAAAGAGUUUUUUGGGGGACAUCUCAUAAUCUAUCAAAACAACAGAAGGUGAAACACCUCACAGCAUAGUGAACAUUGCAAACAGGCUGGAUCUAUCUAUGCAAGGCUCUUGGCAUCUGUCACAUAAAUACUUACCUCAAUGAACACAUGAAUCCUGUUAUUUAAAAUAAGAUUCAAUCCAGUGAAGAAAUCCUCCAGGAGACCUCGUCAUAAUGUCCAUUUGUAUAUCAUUAUACUAAUUAAUUAUAAUCUCUAGGCUAUGCAUAUCUUUUUUAUUUAUUUAAGUUUACAUGGUGGCGUUUGGUGGAUUCUAAAAUAUUGCAGUAAGCAACGCGUGCUUUGAGUAGAUUAAUCAGUCAGGUAGACUACAAUAAGUAAUUUAUAAUAGUAGAAUUAUGUAUGCAUUUAGUAGAAGCAUGUGAUGUAUAUUGUGGUUAUGUGAUAUCAAAAUAAAGUACACAUGGCAAAUGUAGUUAUGCGUUACCUCGUGUAAUUGCAAUCACAACGAACUCAUUUCGUAUAACUUUGGUCAGGAUCCACAUUUGGCAUAGAAAAACAGUUAUGCAUAAUUUCAUACAAUUCAACAAGGUUUUUCAGACUCUACUAUAGGGAUGCUCUUGUCAAAGCAAUCUGAUGUAUUUGUAAAUGACCUAUUGCUCUGGCACUAGUAGUUAUAUCAGUAGGCCACAGGACUAUACAGUGCAUUUCCUGUUAUUAUAGCCAAGCAGCGCCUCUUACUUGCUUCAACUUCAAAGUUUAGACUAGACCUUUUAUUCCCUUUAUUUUGUCUUACACUUAGGCGGUUUUCUAAACCUUGAACCGUCUAGACAGUAUACUAAAAAGUAGCUGUAAAUGUCUAAAUUGGGGGCUAUUGGACCCUCUGGCCACUCCAAAUGCGGCCCUACCCCAAAAUAGUCUAGAAGAAUGCAGUAGGCUACUGUUUACUUGUCAGGUUAUUGAAUUUAAAGGAACGCAAAAUGUACACGAUCAAAACGAUCUAUUACUUUAUAUAAGCAUUUAUAGUAUAUAUAUUUUUUAUUUUUCAUAUUUAACAUACAAGCGAAGAAAACCCAAACCCUAUGAUUUGAUUUGGCAGCUUUAAAAAAGUGGCGUAUUUAGUAUAAUUGUUUUAAUUAUUUGUAUCAAAUAGCCUAUUGUUAAUUGAAUUAAUAAAUGUUCUUCCCUGCCUUUGAAUUUCCCGUAUAACUUCAAUGUCGUCACCUAUCACUUAUUUAUUAAUAACUAGGCUAUUGGCGCCUUUUGGCUGAUGUCUUGAAAAACGACGCCUCCUGAAUGAUAUCUGCAUUGCAGUAGGAUUCCAAUAUGGCUGCGAAGCAGUGAGUUUUCCUGUAUGAAAAGUAAGCAGAUUCAGGGAUACAGUUUCUUGUUUGAAGUUGAUAACUGUCUUCUACAUACUAACCAAUUAAGAUGUUGCAUUACAUUUAGCCUAAUGCAAUAUUCAUGAAAUCAUCCGCAAUCUUCUGAUGUGGUAGCAUUACGCACGACUUCUUACAGUCUUACAAGAGUAUAAUAUAGUUUAGCUUAAGUAACAACACUGAAACCAAAAAUAUGUGUCAUAAUCAAAGGUUUAAUUCGAAUCCACGGAUA